AUGAAGCUUCCGUUGUGCCUUGCAGCAAUUGCAAGCAGUUUCAUCCUUGCAGAAGCGGCACCGAGCGACGACAUGGAGAAUCUACGGACGUCGUGCGAGAACGCGGCAAGUGUGCUUAAUGCUUCGUUGAACAGCACGGCAGCGAUGGACACAGCCGGCCUGGUCCAGAACAUCACAUGGCAACUUGGUGCUUCCCGAGCCAACCUUGCAUUCAUGAAUACGACGUCCACGACCAAUGGAACGAGCAACACGACGAACAGCUUAAACUCGCCCUACUUCGACUACGUCCACAGCAUCUACACCUUCUCGGAAGCCGUGAUGCGUCGUGGCCGGAUCUAUCACCUCGAAAUGAAUUUGCCAGUCUACAAUUCCCUGAAAGGCCUCGCAAUCGGAGUGCAGGCAUACGGCAUGCAACUCCGCGCCGCCGGCAUGAUCUCACCGCACGCCACGAUCCGCACCUUCACGGCCGGCAGCUCCAUUGUCGACGCCGAGAGUGUCUGGGCGAACAAUGCCAACUUCCCGGGACGGUUGAAGAGGCAUGUCAGGCUGAGGAGAUGA